ACCAGUUUGUAAUUGCGGUUACUCUGACUAUAUUAAAUCUACAUAAAUCUGAAAUGUAGCGUAAAAACCGUAAAAACGUAAAAAGGAGAGGCAAAAUAACCUCUCUCUGUCUGUUUUCUGUCAAUAAACUCAACUGUCACCUGUCAAAAUGUUUUUUUCAUCGAUGUGCAGUUCACUUCACACUAGUGACAAGCGAGCAAAAUAGAGAAGAAUGAAGGAAUUUUCAUUACCAUGUUACAUGUUAUAAAGCUGUAGUAGAUAAUAAAAGAAAAUAGAAAAUCAUGGGUGAAAAGGGAGUGAAUUUGACAGGAAUUUCUUAUGCGAAACCUUCCCUUUUUGAGAUUGUAGCUCAAGAAUCUUUGGCGUCUAUUCUUGAACCUGCGUUUGGUAAAGUUGUUUCGGUAUUAGCAGGACACAAUCCCGAAAAAUAUGGAUGGUUACUUCGAUGGAACGAUGAGGCAUUUCUUCUUUUGAAUGGUGCCUUACAAAAUUAUUAUCUGAAUCGCCACAAUGCCUCUUUCUCUGAAAAAUUUUACGGCUUGAAAAGAGUGGCUGUGACUGAUACAAACACCACCUCCAUUUUAAGUAGAAAACAAAAAAUAGCCUCUUUAAUUUUACUAGUACUUUUUCCGUACAUAAAUAGAAAACUCGAGGCUCUGAAAAGAGAAUACACCGACGAAGAACCCUCAAACAAUCUUCCAAAAUGGAAAAUAAAUUUGAUAAAAGGUCUCAUAAAGGUGUACACAGUUUGUGACGUAAUACGAGAGGUUGCAAUAUUACAGAAUUUGUUACUUUAUAUAUCCGGAAAAUCAAAUUAUCCAUCACCAUUAUUGCGAUUAAUAUCAGUGACACUUUCUUAUUCUUUCGUGAGGCCAACUGUAGUAAUCACAGAUCUUUUGUACAAAAUAAAAGAUGGCACUUUCACCUGGGGUGAUGGUGGUACCAUUUUCGAAGAAGUUGCUGCAAAAUCUUUGGAAGUAGGAGCUUUUUUCCUUCGAUUUUUACAAUGGUGGGAUAACGAAAUCUACGCCAAAAGUUUGACUGAUCUUCCGACACCAGUGCCUCCAACCAUUCCUGAGGAGGCAAAAAAACUGAGAGGCUUGUGUCCAAUUUGUAAAAAUGCAUUCCGAAAUCGUACAGCACUUGCCACAUCAGGAUACAUCUUUUGCUAUCAAUGCAUUUUACCUGUGAUACAGAGGUAUGGAAAAUGUCCUGUCACAAAUUAUCCAGCUACAGAGGACGAUUUGAUUCGCCUCUACGUACAGUAAAAUAACAUACACUGUAUGUCUGUAUAACUUAAAUGUACAUAUGUUUUGUAAAAGAAUAAAAAAUAGAUUUUAUUGCUCUGUU